UGUUCGUUUCGGUGAACCUGACAGCCGCCGUUGUCCAGGACCAAAGACCGUUGAGGGUUGCAGUCAUGUCGGCAGCUGCUCCGGGGACCAGCAAGGCGGCCCACGGCGAUGUGGCCGCGAAGAAAAAGAAGGGACCUGGUGCCCUGGCCACGGCCUACCUGGUCAUCUACAACGUUGUUAUGACAGCAGGGUGGCUGGUGAUAGCUGUGGGUCUGGUCCGAGCUUACCUGGCCAGAGGAAGCUACCAUGGACUGUACUACUCCAUAGAGAAGCCUCUGAAGUUCUUUCAGACUGGAGCUAUCCUGGAGAUACUGCACUGUGCUGUAGGAAUUGUACCGUCCUCUGUGGUCCUGACGGGGUUCCAGGUCAUGUCCCGGGUCUUUCUCACUUGGGCCGUCACACACAGCGUCAGGGAGGUGCAGAGUGAGGACAGUGUGCUGCUGUUUGUCACAGCCUGGACCAUAACAGAGAUCAUCCGCUACUCUUUCUACACCUUCAGCCUCCUCAAUCACCUGCCAUACCUCAUCAAAUGGGCAAGGUACACCUUUUUCAUCAUGUUGUAUCCCAUGGGAGUAACUGGGGAGCUGCUGACUAUCUAUGCAGCGCUGCCGUACGUGCAGAAGACGGGCCUGUACUCGGUCACUCUGCCCAACAAGUACAACUUCUCUUUCGACUACUACACCUUCCUCAUCCUCGUCAUGAUCUCCUACAUCCCCCUCUUCCCCCAGCUUUACUUCCACAUGAUCCGACAGAGGAAGAAGGUGCUGGGCCACGUAGAAGACUACAGCAAAGUGGAGUGAGCCCAGCAGCGCUCAGACAGAUCUGACGAAGGGAAAAAUAAACCAAAACAACCAACAGAAGAGGAGCAAAAUUACGUCUGCUUAAUGAAACGCGAAAACAGUUUUCAAACUGCCAGAGCUGACCUGGCAGCAAAAACAAUUAUCAAGCAACUUUAUUUUUUUUCUCCCUGCUGUUGUCCGGGUUGUAUAGAUGCUCACAAAUCAUGAAACGAAUGGUGUUUUAUUUUUAAGUUGUCAUUGUGUUUUUAUUUAUGAACAAACUGCGGUUACUUUUGUUUAGUCAGGGAGCUUGCAGCCGUAAAGAAACUGUAUCUUGACUUUGAUACAGUUGAGCUGCGGUCUGAGUGCUGAGCAAAACUCGGUCACAGCAAAGCAUUGAGCUGAAUGAUGCAGAGUCAAUAACCUCCCUUUAAAUGUCACCAUAGAAAACCCCUCAUAGAUUUUUCACCUCCCAACAGCCCACCUUUUGGUCUCUUUUUAAAAACUACUGUAGAAAGAAUAAUGUGAAGACUAGCACUGAAACUAGGUUGUAGCUUUUGCAUCUACAGUGUGUUUGUUGGUGCAAACUGUGGUCCAGGUUUGUAAUUUCUUUUUUUGUAUUUUUUUUUUUUGCCUUUCAUUUGUUUCAGUCAAAUUACAUUCCUGAUUUAGUUCAAUAAACCUUUUUCAUCCUGUG